AUGAACGUCCUCGCCUCAGUCAAAGACAUCCAUUUCGACACCCGCUCGGACACAGUCGAAGCUCGCGACGAUGGUUUUUGCUGCGCGGAGACGCUCGAUUGUGUAAACGUACAGAAUCUAAACAUCCCCAUGUGCUACGACAAGUUUACGACGAACUUUGCAUUUCCCGAUCGCUCGUACGGUUCGUUGACGACUGGCGAAUACACGCAGGGCGGCGCCGAGGCGAACCUGCUCACUGGCCAGUACUCGAAGGAUGGCAGCGAAGGGAACAUCUACUCGGAGGACCCUUCCGCGAAGCCUAACACAGCCACCUUGUCGAUCCCGCCUCAGUGGACUGGGUCUGGUGUUGGAAGUGCCAUUCCGGCUACGGCGAUUGUAGGAAGUGCCACAGCACCAGCGCAGACAUCGGCACAGACGACCGCGACCGCGUCGGUACAGUCAUCAGGCCAGACGUCAGCUACAUCGGGAAAUGCUGCGUCCCAAUCGGCAGGAUCUGCUACUUCCUCAAGUGGCGAAGCCGCUUCUUCGACGUCAACUCCGGGUGUUGCAGUUCAGGGCAACCCGUCGCUUGUGAUGAUGGCAUUUGCAGCAAUAUUGUACGCUGUAUGA